AACGAGUGUCUCGGUUCUGUCGUUGAAAACUACGAGAGUCUGGGUCUCGCGUUUGUGCUGAUCACCCUUGUACUCAUGCACUUUAUUGAGUGCGAGAGUUCGGUGUUCUUCGGUGCCCAGGGCUCCAUGCUCCACGGUCAUGGUCAUGCUCACGGUGAGGCGCUCGUACAAGAAGCUGUUAUUACUCCUGAAGGCGCAAUGACCCCACGACCGGCUGACCACCCUUAUCACGAUAAGUCUCUGGACCAAAGUGAAGUAAACUCCAAGAUCCGCCGCAAAAUCGCUACGCUUAUCUUUGAAGCUGGCGUUAUCUUCCACUCCAUCAUCAUCGGUCUUGACCUGGGAGUCACUACUGGUUCCGAGUUCAAGACUCUUCUGGCGGCGCUGUGUUUCCACCAGUUCUUCGAGGGUGUCGCUAUCGGCACGUCUGCUCUCAGCUCGCUUGAGAGUAAGGGGAAACUCUUAAUGGUCAACUUCGCCUUUGCCAUCACGACGCCUGUUGGUCAGGUCAUUGGCAUUGCCAUCCGUAGCACGUACUCGGACUCGUCCACCACUGCUCUGUGGGUACAGGGCAUUCUCAACUGCGUUGCUGGUGGCAUUCUGCUGUACACGGGACUGGUGGAGCUACUGACGUACAAUAUGACCACGAACGGCCAGUUCCUGUCGCGUCCGGCGGCGCAGCGUUUUGCGUUAUACAUUUCUCUGUGGUUGGGUGCUGGUUUGAUGGCGCUCAUCGGCAAGUGGGCGUAAGUAGUUGUAAAGUCUAAGCGAACCUACAAGUGAAUGAAGUAUUUAGUUACUGCGUCCUUGCAAGCAGCUAACCAUUAUCCGUAUUGUACCGACCGAAAAGCAUGAUCUUUUGAGAUCUUUUGACAUAAAAAAACAGUGGAG